AUGUCUUCCAUCACCGACGAAGCAGUGAUGCGCGCCGCGCUGCGCCAGCUCACCGGCACCAUCGAUUACCAGGUGCUGGCUGACGAUCUGGGCCUCGGCACUAAGGAGGCAGGCCGUAUGCGCUGGCGCCGAUUCAAGAAGAAGCUUGAUGAGGAUGCGGGCACGGCUGGUAGCAUGACGUCUACUCCGAAGACCCCGAAGACGCCAAAGACCCCGAAGACUCCCAAGACUCCAAGGGCUGCUGCUGUUGCCAAGACCCCGAAGGCUGUGAAGACUCCGAAGACUAAGACGCCGGCUGGUGCAAAAAAGAGGAAGUUGGAGGCUGCGAGCGAUGGCGAGGGAGAGGUGAAGAUGGAAGAUGAGGGAGAUGAUGUGUUUCAGGAUGAGUUGGCUAUGGAGAUGCUGGGUGCGAAGGGUCGUGCUGAAAUUUCUCAUGCUGAGGCUUUCGAGGAGGAUGAAGAUCAGGAGUACAUGUAUGUCGAGGCUGCUGAUGAGGAUGAGGAGAAUUUGGUGGAUGGGGAGGACGGUUACUAUGAUGCUCAUUAG